AUCACUGAAACAAAGACCAGCAGACCUCAGAGGAUCAGAUCAGGCUCACAGAGACCCUCCACAUCACUAAAACAAAGACCAGCAGACCUCAUAGGAUCAGAUCAGGUUCACAUCAACCUGACAAACAUCUGCAGAGAAAAAACGAACAGCAGAGAACCUAAAAAACUGACGGUGUUCUAGGUGUUUGCGGGACAUUCAGCAGCAUGGCGGUGGGCCUGCAGGUUGUGGGUCUGCUACUGGGCGUGGUGUCCUGGUGUCUGCAGUCCAGCUGUACCUCCUCUCAGGUGUGGAAGGUGAGGAGUCAGCAGGAGUCGGUCAGCAGCAAUCAGUGGCAGUUUGAAGGUCUGUGGAUGAGCUGCGCCGCCACCUCGUUGGGGUCCCUCCAGUGCAGCAGGUUCAAAACAGUGCUGGGACUGCCGGUUCACCUGCAGGCCUGCCGGGCUCUGAUGAUCCUUUCCCUGUUGGUCGGUCUGGCCUCUAUCAUCGUCUCUGUGCUGGGACUCAAGUGCACCAAGAUCGGCAGAACCUCGGAGCACAUCAAAGACCAGAUCGCCCUGACGGGAGGAAUCCUGUUCAUCCUGUCUGGGGUGUUCACUCUAAGUGCAGUCUCCUGGUACGCUGCUAGAGUCAUCCAGGACUUCUACGACCCGCUGUACGGAGGCGUCCGGUUCGAGCUGGGUACUGGUCUUUAUCUGGGCUGGGCGGCCUCCUGUCUGGCCAUACUGGGAGGAUCUAUGCUCUGCUGCUCCUGCAGGAAGACUUCCCCUGCCGCCCCUGCACG